AUGUCCGAGAACGGUUCCCCCAACAACGUGCAGCAGAAGCCCGAGGAUGGCGGCCAGAGCGAACACCUGAACAUCAAGGUCACAGACAACAACAACGAGGUGUUUUUCAAGAUCAAGCGCACCACGGCCCUCGGUAAGCUUAUGAACGCCUUCUGCGACCGCCAGGGCAAGAACAUCUCCAGCGUCCGAUUUCUCUUCGACGGCCAGCGUGUCACUGCCCAGGACAACCCAGACACGCUUGACAUGCAGGAUGGCGACACCCUCGAGGUCCACCAGGAGCAGAUUGGCGGAUGCUGA